GCCGCUGCCGCCGCCGCCGCCGCCGCCGCCGCCGCCGCUACCACCGCCACCGAAGCCGCAGCUGAAGCGACCUCCGCGUUCGGGAGUAGAAUUCGGAAUCCCUGCGCCUGGCUAACAAUGAAGCAGAGUUCCAACGUGCCGGCUUUUCUCAGCAAGCUGUGGACGCUGGUGGAGGAAACCCACACCAAUGAGUUCAUCACCUGGAGCCAGAAUGGGCAAAGUUUUCUGGUCUUGGAUGAGCAGAGAUUUGCAAAAGAAAUUCUUCCCAAGUACUUCAAACAUAAUAACAUGGCCAGCUUUGUGAGACAACUAAAUAUGUACGGCUUCCGUAAAGUAUUACAUAUCGAUUCUGGAAUUAUAAAACAGGAAAGAGAUGGCCCUGUUGAAUUUCAGCAUCCUUACUUCAAACAAGGCCAAGACGACUUGCUGGAGAACAUUAAAAGGAAGGUUUCAUCUUCAAAACCAGAGGAAAAUAAAAUUCGUCAGGAAGAUUUAACAAAAAUUAUAAGUAGUGCUCAGAAGGUUCAGAUAAAGCAAGAAACUAUUGAGUCCAGGCUUUCAGAAUUAAAAAGUGAGAAUGAGUCCCUUUGGAAGGAGGUGUCAGAAUUAAGAGCAAAGCAUGCACAGCAGCAGCAAGUCAUUAGGAAGAUUGUCCAGUUUAUUGUUACAUUGGUUCAGAAUAAUCAACUUGUGAGUUUAAAACGUAAAAGGCCUCUUCUUCUAAACACUAAUGGAGCUCAGAAGAAGAAUCUAUUUCAGCACAUAGUCAAAGAACCAACUGAUAGUCACCAUCAUAAAGUUCCACAUAGUAGGACUGAAGGUUUAAAGUCAAAAGAGCGGAUUUCAGAUGAUAUAAUUAUUUAUGACGUUACUGAUGAUAAUGCGGAUGAAGAAAAUAUUCCAGUUAUUCCAGAAACGAAUGAGGAUGUUGUAUCUGAUCCCAACUGUAGCCAGUAUCCUGACAUUGUAAUUGUUGAAGAUGACAAUGAGGACGAGUACGCUCCUGUCAUUCAGAGUACAGAUCAGAAUGAGCUAGCCAGAGAGUCAUUAAGUUUGGGAAGUGCUGGCAGCAGCUCCCUCAUGUCUAGUGCAGUCCAGAUAAAUGGCUCAUCCGGUCUAACCUCAGAGGAUCCUGUGACCAUGAUGGAUUCCAUUUUGAAUGAUAACAUUAACCUCUUGGGAAAGGUUGAGCUGUUGGAUUACCUUGACAGCAUUGAUUGUAGUUUAGAGGACUUCCAAGCCAUGCUCUCAGGAAGACAAUUUAGCAUAGACCCAGAUCUCCUGGUUGAUCUUUUCACUAGUUCUGUGCAGAUGAAUCCCACAGAUUACAUCAAUAAUACAAAAUCUGAGAAUAAGGUAUUAGAAACUACCAAGAGCACUGUCAUUCAACAAGUUUCAGAAGACGGGAGGAAAUCCAAGUCCAAACCAGAUAAACAACUUAUCCAGUAUACUGCCUUUCCACUUCUCGCAUUCCUCGAUGGGAACUCUGCUUCGGCUAUUGAACAGGGGACUACAACAGUGACAUCAGAAGUUAUACCCUCUGUAGAUAAACCCAUAGAAGUUGAUGGGCUUCUGGACAGCAACCCGGACCAAGAGCCAACCCAGAGUAAGCUUGUUCGCCUGGAACCGUUGACUGAAGCCGAAGCUAGUGAAGCCACUCUGUUUUAUUUAUGUGAACUUGCUCCUGCACCUCUGGAUAGUGAUAUGCCACUUUUAGAUAGUUAAACCCCAGUGGACACUCUAUGUAUAUAUUCAUCAAAAUGAUGAAGUAUUUAUUUUAAAGUAUCAUUUGGUACUUUGUUUUGUAAGUUACUUUUUGUUUAAUCAGAUACUGUGGAAUAAAAGCACCUUUUGCUUUUCUCGCUAACCACACUCUUGCAAAGCUUUCAGAUGUUACUUGGCUGCUUAGGUGUAUAAGUUUUAAUGCACAUUAUUGGAAUAUAUUAAGUUGAAUUCAAAUGGCCAUUUUUCUCCAAUUGUAGUAAUUUGGAUUUUUAUAUGCAAAUAUGACCAUUUAAUCCCAGUUAAACUUGUUUAUUUUCAAUUCAGUUAAAGUGUUUAGAAAUAAAGGUAGGAAACUCUGGUCUAGUUACUUUUGUUAAGUAUUUUUAACUAGGCUUAUUUUUAAAACUGGGAACAUAAAGUGCCUGUAUCUUGUAAUGUUUCAUGUCUUUUGGUUCAGAGAAAUGCCUCAACAAAAAAGGCCAAGUAUACACGAGUAAUCACUUAGAAGUGAUUCCAGCUCCACAAACAGAACGUGGAGACAGGUUGCAUUAACCCUGUCCACUUAGACUAGUUUAAGUAUGUUUUCUGGUUGGUUCUUUUAAACCAUGGUAUUUAGUAAAAUAAAUAUGACUAAUGUUGAGUACUAGUAUUUGUUGUGUCGUCUUUGGAGGUGGUGUCUACAUAAAAUGAUUUUUCCUUCUCAUGGGAAGGAGGUGGCUUUAAACUAUGUGUUGUUCAUCUUUAUCUCAGUGUGACUCAAGUCAAGAUCUUUGUGCUUUAUCUGAAAACAUAGAUUGUCUGUUGCAGUAAUGAGGGAAUAUGAUGCUUUUAUUCUCAUGUAUUUUAGUGUUCUUUGUUUUAAAAGUAUACUGGCUUGCUUUUUAUGUUUCUAAUAAAGAACAGAGAGAAAAAAAAAUCCUCUCGUUGCAAAUCAGAUGGGAACAUUAUCAGUGGAUGCCACCAAAUGCCUAUAUUAUUUGCCCUGAUACAAGAGAGUCAAAUCAACUUGUCCUUUUCAAGAAUUGAAAGGCUAGGGUACUUUAAAAGUUCAAGAAGUCUACACUCAGGCAGAGGGCAAGAAGUAGUGCAGUUAAUACCUACAUUUUACAUAUUUAUGAAGUAAAGCACUUCAAGAAGACUUCUCUAUUGGCCAUAUUGUACCUCA